AUGAGUUCCAAAGCGGGUAAAAAGGCCAAAACGGGUGAGAAGAAGGAAGUCAUAGAAGAUGAAGCUGUUUCACUCACCAAAGAGGGAGAUAUUUUGUUGAGAGUUCAUGCAAAACCUGGCGCCAAAUUAACCUUGAUUACUGGUGAGUCGAGUUAAGCGAUGAGAAUUAGUCUAGAUCUCAGCGCCGAAGCGAUUGGAGUAGCGUUGGCGGCCCCACCAAGAGAUGGACAAGCGAAUGAAGAGUUAUUGAGGGGAAUGAUGGAGUUCUUGGGGCUGAGGAAGAAUGAAAUCGAAUUUCAGAAGGUAAGGGCGGCAUUAAUUUGUGGAAUGAUAGAACUAUUACGAGGCCAGAGAAGAUAGAAUAUCGCCAAAAUUUUUGUAGUUGAUUUAGAAAAGCGUUCGGAUGAAAAAUUUAUAUUUGGGGGAUCAGAUGUCAUGGUGAAGAUACGAAAGUCAAAUUUUAGUCUGAGAAACGAUGCAAAGAGCCUUAGGGGAAAUCAAUCGACUAUUUUAAGGGUUGACGGAUUAUCUUGCUUGUUCUUUUGACAGUUCAAAAGUUUAGAGAUAUUUUUAUAAAAUUAGGGUUACUGUAGGCAAUAUUUGCUUUAAUGUCUUCAAAAGUAGAUACAAAUGGGCGAGCUCUUGCUUAUAUAUUACUUUUAUAGUCCAUAGUUAAACUUUGCGUGUCAGAAUGACAGGUUUUCUGGGGGUUUGAAGUAAAAAUUCUUAUUUUUUUUUAUUUUUUUGGCCUAAAAUAAUAAAACUUGAUGAUUAAAAAUAUAUAAAAUUUAGAAUGUACUAUAUGGGCGUAUAUGUUCCUAUUAGUAUAAUUGUGAUAGCAUUUCUUUAAAAUUUAUUUUCAGGGUGCCAAAAGUCGAGACAAAAUGCUGCUGAUCACCUCCAAAAAGUAUACGGUAGAUGAAAUCAAAGCCAAAUUAAAAGCGAAUAUCCAAUAA